AUGCAGCGUCGCAUGCUCACCAAGGAGGAGGAAGCCUCGGCUGGAGGCGAGGAUAUGGAAGUGCGCCGCGAAGACCAGGAGAAGAUCAAUAAGUUCAGUUCCCUGCAUCAGAAAGAGACGACGUUAGAAGAGGAGCUUAGAGCGAAGAUUAAGGAGAAGGAAGACCUUGAGGAGAUUUCAACAGAACUUGAGCUUGUGGAUGAGGAGGACAAGGUACCCUACAAAGUUGGUGACUGCUUCGUCUCAUUACCCCAACCGCAGGUCCUCGAACUCCUGGAGAGCUCCACACAGACCAUUGACGAGGACGUAGACGCGCUCAAGUCAAAGCUAGAGUCUGUGCAGGAAGAGAUGGGAGAGUUGAAGAAGGCGCUAUACGGUCGCUUCGGACGAAGUAUCAACCUCGAAACAUAG